AUGGGAAGAGAGAGUUUAGUUAAAUUCUCAAAGAUGGCAAAGCCAUAUUUGGCUGUCAUCUUCUUGCAGUUUGGGUAUGCAGGCUUGGCCAUUGUUGUCAAGUUUGCUCUCAAUGAAGGCAUGAGCCCCUACACUUACUCAGUCUAUAGGAAUCUCUUUGCCGCUGUCGCUGUCGCUCCUUUUGCCAUCUUUUUCGAAAGGAAAGUUAGGCCUAAGAUGACAAUUUCCACUUUCUUGAAGAUAAUGGUUCUUGGUUUAAUAGGGCCGGUUAUGCAGCUGGAUUUAUUUUACUCAGGGAUGCAAUACACAACGGCAACUUUUACUGCUUCAUUGUACAAUGUUCUUCCCGCCAUUACAUUUGUAUUGGCUUGGAUCCUUAGGAUUGAGAAAGUAAAUGUGAAGAAAGUGCAUAGCCAGGCUAAGGUUUUGGGAACAGCAGUGACCAUCGGGGGAGCCAUGAUAAUGACUCUUGUCAAAGGACCAAACAUUGGAUUGCCUUGGACCAAACACACAAACCUUAUCCAAACAGCAACUGCUCUACAUUCUCAGCAAGACAUUAUGAAAGGGGCUGUCAUGAUCAUAGCUGCUUGCUUCUUAUGGGCCAGUUUCAUAAUUCUUCAGGGAAUUACAUUAAAAUCAUACCCUGCUGGACUAUCUCUUACUACUUUGAUAUGCACUGCGGGAGCAUUGCAAGGCUCUGUGGUAGCCUUAGUGGCUGAGAGGAAAAAUCUUGCAGCCUGGGCCUUACAUUGGAACACUAAACUCUUAGCCAUGGUUUACAGUGGAGUAAUUUGCUCGGGAGUUACAUAUUACUUGUCGGGGAUAAUCAUAAAGGAAAAGGGACCUGUUUUCGUCACUGCAUUCAAUCCUUUAAGCACAAUUAUCGCUGCAAUCAUGGGGACAUUUAUCUUAGCUGACCAGUUGAGCCUUGGAAUAGCUUUGGGAGCCGUCGCGAUUAUGGUUGGACUAUACAUGGUAAUAUGGGGCAAGAAACAUGACAAUGUUCCGCCGGAAUCAACCGCCGGCAGUCGUGUAGUUCCGGUGGAUGAACUGCCGUCGACAUUAGUUAAGCCUGCCACUAAUCAAGAACCCUCUGAUACUACUACAACUGUUGUUGCCGGAGAUGAAGCAGUUUAG